UGUUUUAUUUUGAUAGGUUUACCCGGAAGCGUUCAGAUAACGGUAGCUAACAUGUUGUGUUAGCAGAACAAAACGUCAAUUUAUUUCUUGGAAAUGUGGCAGUACCACUGCUGCAGUGGCGCCCUGCUAAAUGUCAAAUAGUAGCCUCGUAGUUAAAGUUAGUGUUACAUUAACACCUUUUGGAGUUUGUUCGCUUCUGUAUCUAAGCUAACGUUAGCUUGUUAGCCGAAGUCAUGUAGCUAGCAGCUAGCUUGAAGCUGUAACGUUAGUAGUUAGACACUAAGUUACGAAUUGGAAACGUCGAAAAACACUAAGGUGUCACUGACCAGGUCAAAGAAUGGCAGACGACCCUCAGAGAAAUUUCCGUUCUGCGUAUUAUGAGAAAGUGGGCUUCAGAGGAGUGGAGGAGAAGAAAUCACUGGAAAUACUCCUCAAGGAUAAUCCCCUCGAUCUAGAAAAGCUGAGCACCUUCAGUCAGAGGUUCCCCCUCCCCUCUAUGUAUAGGAUCCAUGUGUGGAAGGUAUUGUUAGGCAUCCUGCCACCCCACAGUGACUCUCACGCUCUGGUGGGAGGCUACAGGAAGGAGCAGUACCAGGACAUCCUGGAGGCUCUGGAGGUGAUGAGAUACAUCAACUCCUCCACGCCUUCCACCCAUGUCUACCUGCGCAUGUUCCAGCUGGAGAGCCAGGUGCUCCCACGAUGCUCCGAAACCUCACCUCCGGACGAAGAGAACGAGGACUUCCUCUCCAUCAGCCGAGCCAUGGAGGAGAUCGUAGACGAUCCCGUCGACUGCUAUUGGCUGAUUAAAUGUUUCGUCAAUCAGUUCCACACGAAGUUCGGAGACUCGAUACCUCAUCUUCCAAAGAGCCUGGAGCACUAUCUGAGUCAGGAGGAACCUCGACUGCUCAACCAUCUGAAGAACACCGGAGCCUUGGCGCAGCUGCCGUACAGCCUCUGGUUCAGACGCUGCUUCGCUGGAUGCCUGCCGGAAUCGAGCCUGCAGAGGGUUUGGGACAAAGUGAUCAGCGGCUCCUGUAAGAUCCUGGUGUUUGUUGCCUUGGAGAUCCUGCUCAGCUACAAGAUCAUCCUGACGGGCAUCAACCGGCCGGACGGCGUCGUCGGGUUUCUGUGUAACGUGAGUUGGGCUGCGACUAACAACUACUCUCAUUAUUGAUUAUUCUGUUGAUUUUCUCAAUUAAAGAACAGUCCACACCCUGAAGAUAUUUAGUUAACUGUCAUAAAUAUCUGAGGAAACCAGAAAACAUUCAUAUUUAAGAAGCUGGAACCGGAAAAUGUCUCAUUGACUCAAAACUAUUAAUUAUCUAAAUUUCCAUCGAUCAACUAAUUGAUGUAACUUAUGUUUUUGUCUUUCUCAUAGUAGAAACCUUUAUAUAACCUCACAAUAACAUUUCCCCUCCAGAUACCACAGGAGAACACAGACGCCAUCGUGACUAAAGCCAUCGACUUGUGGCACAAAUACUGCGGCACCCUGAUGCACGCCGUAUAACACCCCUCGGUCACUGAAGACAUCUGGGCCCAGAUGUGAGUCGCUCUCCCUCCAGGAUGCAUCAGGACUAAAACCCUUUUUUUCCCCCUCCGCUGAGAGACUACCAGACUGCACCGCUCAGCGUCCGUGGGGCUUUUGUCUCCGUUCGACUGAACCGAAAACUCAUCACGGUCGCUGCGGAUAAGCCUUUCCAUAUUGAAAAGUCAAUUCCCAGCUUUCACCAAAGAAUAUGAUAAACUCGUACAGAGGAAGAAGAAAAAAAAAAAAAAGGACUUGAGCUGAAAGCAGCUAGUGGAGCGAGCAGCUGCCGGAGGUGAUCAGCGAAGCCUGUAAUAUGUGAAUGAAAAAGACAAGCAGGCAUAAACACAUUAUUGUUUCUUUUCUUUAAGAAACUGCAUACAUCAUAGAAGACUCACAAUAAAUUAAUACCCACAUGCAGUUUUUCCUGCUUUACAAAAAAAACAAACAAAAAAAACAUUUGAAAAGU